AUGUUGGCAUUUGGUAAAUUUAACUUUGUGAAAAACUUAUUGGCUCUGAUCCCUGCCGGAUCAGUGGUACCUUUUAUUAAUGGAAAUUGGAUCCGAAACCUCGGAUUAUCUAUUGGUAAACACGCAGUAGCUGCUUGUUCGGGGAGUGCAAUUUUUGGCCGCGUACAUCAGUACAUUGAAGGCCAGAAGGCUCCCCAGAUUGGUCAAGAUGCUACCACACGGAAGAACGACGACGACCUUCACUGCGCUACUGAAAUGAUCUCGCUUUUGAAGGAAGAAUGGAAAGACGCAAAGGAGGAGUACUUUUUCCUCCUAGAUGAAUUCGAAGAGAUGAACUUUAACGAAGCUACUGAGAUGAGAAGGAAUCAAAAUUUGCUCGACGAUUUCAAGGAAGAAAGGUAUAACAUCGAAAAGCUUGGUAAAAAUCUCGACUAUGCUGAAGAAGAAAAUAAACUUCUGAAGAAGAAAAUAGAAGAAUUGGAGGACGAAUUAAUCCAGAAAGCCAAGGAAGUUGAAACUGUAUACGAACAGCUAGCACGGAAGGAGACAGAAUGUGAAAGCCAUCGAGAAAAACUGGAAGAACUCCAGAACCAAGUCGUGGACAAUGAUUUCUAUUGUGGAUACCUUGAAGAGAAGGUGAGGACCCACGAAGCCGAAAGAAAAAGGCUGCUCCAGGCGACGACACAUCUCGAGGAGAGAUUGCAAGCCUCACAGCGAGAAGUGUCUGCUCUAAAAAGAAAUCAUGACCUAGAGAAAACUCACAGUAAUCAGACUCAAAAGAAUCUAGGCGAUAAGAAGAAGGUCCAUAUCCAGGAAACCACAGAUCAGUCGCUUCAACAGGACGAUGAAAAAAUGAAUGGGACAUUAGAGGAACAAGAACGACUAGUAUCCGUGAUAUACAAUUAUAUGACAAAUGAAAAGAAUAAGACUAAUGCUCUGGUUGAAGAAAACAAGGUAAAAGGAAACAUGUUCUGUAAACUUGGUCGGCUGGAAGAAGCAAGUGAAUGUUUCCUCAGAGUAUUGGAUAUGGACGACAAUCACGAGGACUACAGGCUAAGACUGGGAUUAUGCCUCUUGUUGCUUGGCAGACACAGGGAAGCUAUGAUGCAGCUUGAGAAAUUAGAUGAUCAAGAAGAUUUGGUUGCAGCUGCCAAAACCCUACAAAGAAUGCAACGUCAUGGCUGCCCAUACUACAUCCUAGGUAUUGCAGAGGAUGCUAAUUUAAAGGCAAUAAAGUGGGCCUAUAGGAAGCGGGCACUGAAGUUCAACCCUGAUAACUGCCAAGGAUCUGAAGAAGAGCGACAUCGCAGAAUGGAUAUCAUGCAGAAGGUCAACUAUGCUAAUGAUCUCCUAUGCGAUGCUGAUGAAAGAGGAGAAUACGACGCAGUCAGGGAGUUCAUCAAGGACCUGGCAGCUGAAAUGUUUCAGGGUCCUCAGAAGGCAAUGAAAGUAAAGAAGAAGAAACCUGGAAGGACAACGAAGAGGCCGAAAACUAAAGGGAACUAG